AUAGAACCACCCCAAGGAGUUCUUCUGUGGCUUAAGUGAGGAAGUGUGCAGUGCUUAACACAUGACUGAUGUGUAGUAUGUGCUCAGUAAUUAUGCUAUUGUUUUUCAUUUUUAUUGCAAGGUAUUUCCCUAGAGAUGAAAACUUAUUUAGAAAAAACCAUGUCCAGUUGAGUUUGUUUCUUUCAUUCUAUAAUUUCCAAUUUUUCAAACAAUAUUUUAACCUCUUCAGUUUUUGGUUAUGUAACUUGUUAUCAUGCUGCAAGGACAUAUCUGAUUUUAGAAUUAGAAUUACUUUAAAGCAUGGAGUUUUGUCCUCAAAUCCUACUGUGCAUCACGGGCUCCUCAUAAGCCUCCUAAUUUCAGGAUUAGAGAGUUAGGGCAUAGAGGGAGAGUCAUGAUCUUUUCUCAGUGAUGUAUAUAGCUGAUUCCUCAUUAUUUUUCACAAUGAAGAUAAAGGCAUAAUUUGCCAUGGCAUGGAUUUUUGAUCUUUUUAAAUCCCAAAUGCUUUUAUGACAUUAAGCCUAAUCAAAUGAUGAACAUUUCUAUUAAUUUACUACUUGCUUGAAAAUAAAGCAGCUGUGGGAAGUACCAAGAUCUUUAUUCAGGUUUCAGAUAUAGAGCAGUGUAGGAGGUACAGAGAUGAGAAGAACACGUUUCCUGGUCUUGUAGGGUUAAAAAUUCAGUAGGCAGAACCAAUAGGCAUUAUACAACAUAAAUGCUCAAAGCCAAGGACAUGCCUUUUAAGAUAACCUUGAAGGAUACAUAUUCCAGUGAUUGAAAGGUAUUCCAGAACAAGGCAAUAAUUAAUGCCUAGGCACAGAUCUGGGGGCCUUCAGGGCACCUUGAGGUAACAGCACAUUACUGUGUCCAGAGGACCCAGUAAGUGUCUGUGGGAGGGGAGGGGAGACCUCAGAGCUGGGCUGCUUUACGAAACACUUGAACACUUCCCCUGAUGAAGUCGUCAUUUGACCAGCACAGGGAGCCACUGGGUGUGUUUGAGCAGAAGAGGGUUUUAGGAACCUCACUUGAGAAACAUGGUGUGUCGCUUGCUUUGACGAGAUCAAGUUCUUUAGGUGACUUUUCCUGGUCUCAAAGAAAGCUCAUUACUGUGGAAAAACAAGAUAAUGGAACAUUUGGAUUUGAAAUUCAGACUUACAGGCUCCAGAACCAGAACUGGUGCUCCUCAGAGAUGUGCACUCUGAUUUGCAAAAUCCAGGAGGACAGCCCGGCACACUAUGCGGGCCUGCAGACUGGUGAUGUCCUUGCAAAUAUCAAUGGCGUGAACACAGAAGGCUUUACCCACAAACAAGUUGUUGACCUGAUCAGAUCUUCGGGAAACCUGCUAACGAUAGAGACUCUUAAUGGAACAAUGAUUCUCAAGAGAGCAGAGCUUGAAGCAAAGCUGCAAGUUUUAAAGCAAACCUUGAAGAAAAAAUGGGUGGAGUUCAGAUCUCUGCAGUUACAGGAACAGCGUCUGCUUCAUGGUGACACAGGUAACUGCCCAAGUUUUGAAAACACGGAUAUAGAUGAGUCGGUUUUGUUUGGAAUGCUGCCGGGGUCAGGCUCAACCCUCCUGGACCGGAAUCGACUAUCCAGUGAGAGCAGCUGUCUGAGCUCCAUGACAAUGGACAGCGAGGACGGCUACCAGACGUGUGUGUCUGAGGAUUCAAGCAAAGGAGGCUUCAGUCGACAGACAAGCACAGAUGAUGAGUGCUUUGUCCCCAAGGAUGGGGACGAUUUCCUGAAGAGGCCUGUUUCCAGGAGGGACCGAAGUUUUAGUUCUGCCAGCAGUGGGUCCAUGUCACCCUUGUGGGAGGGCAACUUCUCAAACAUGUUUGGGACCCUGCCCCGGAAAAACAGAAGGGGAAGUGUCCGGAAACAACUCUUAAAAUUCAUCCCUGGCCUUCACCGUGCAGUGGAAGAGGAAGAGAGUCGCUUUUGAUGGCUUGUCUUGACCUUUCAUAGUAGCUUAUUUCGUAAAUAUCUUUAGACUUGUUUAGACUAAAUCCACUCAGCCUGGUGGAAAAUUGCAGAUGGAUUGCAAAACUGAAACACCAUACUAGGACGAUGUGACCUUUAUUUAAAUUUUUGUACCAUAAGUUUUGUUUCUUAAAUCUUUUUUUUUUUUUUAACCAGAAAAGCUCAGGUUAUAAACAGAAAGUAAGGGAAUUGAGUAAUAAAUUGGAAAAUAUAACAAAUUAAUGGACAUUCCUGCUCAUUCUAAUGUUGCCUGGGAAGGCAAGGGUAAAUAUUUAUUUUCUAGAUUAUGUGGAAAAUUGAGAACUUUUCAGAGUCAAGUGUAAAUAAAAGAGUGAAGGAAUAUAAUUAUUUGGAUUACCUUCCAUAUGUUCAUUGUAGGUCAUAAAACUUUGUUUAAGAUCAGUAGCCUCCAGGGAGGCUUAACAAUAGGUCAUUUUGAAUGUUUCUGUUUACAUCUGUGAAGGAUUAUAAACCAGAGGAUCAUUAGCUUUUUUUCACAUCCACAGCAACAAUAAAGCAGGAGGUAUAAGAUACAAAAAGAGCAGGAAGUGUAAGAUUCAAUAUGAGGGUUUGGGAUCCAUGGGAACAUGUUGUCUAAGAUGGGUGCUGAGCAGAUUAUGAUAAGGGCUUUUAGAGAGACAGCCUAGACAAAAUGGGUGAGAAUGUCAUUCUUACUCGAUUUAAUUUUUGUUUUGCCUAAACGUUAAUGGGGAGUCUAGAAUUCUCAAGAUCCUGCAUAUAGCUUUGUAUUUUUUUUUUUUUGAAUAAAUGUCUGUAGUUUGAAAAAUUAGAGCCAGGAAAUGGAUUUCCCUCCUGUAGAUUUUUUCACAUUAUUCCUCACCUUAUAUUAUAUAUUCCAAACAGUUAUUGCUUGGCACACUUUUGUCCAUUGGUUAUGUUGGUAUCAUAAUACUUCAGGCCUUUCAAUCACAUUUUUAUUCAGGACCCAUUCAAGUCCAUGAUUUCUCUGUUCUGGUGAUACAGCAGCUCGUGACUGCUCUACAUUCUGGCCAUAUUCAUGACUACUCUAUAUUCUAUAGUAGAUAAUGCCAACAAUGUAAUAAAUAGUCCUUAUUGAUUUAAA